CGCUGCGCGAAGGAUCAUCGAGCAACGGGCAUGUCGUUACGCGACGGAUCGAUGGUCGAUCAGGGAUGCGAUGGGAUCGAUGGUCGACCAUGGGCGUCGAACUCGUAUCGCUGUCGACGGCAUUCCGACUGCCGAGCAGCGGUAUGGAGUGUGUCGUCAACAAUCGACACCAACAAUCGAUAUCAACAGUCGUUAUCAACAGUCGUUAUCAACAGUCGUUAUCAACAAACCAACACCACUAUCGAGACCACUAUCAACACCACUAUCCUGCCCUGAUCCGCGGUGCAUCCCGCCCUUUCCUUCCCUCGAACCUGCCCCCCAACUCACCCUUUCGUCUCGAUCCUCUGCCCACAGCGUCGAUCGAACACAUCCUCGCCAUGAAGUCCAAGACUCUCUCGCCGCAAGUGCGUGGCAUUCCUCUGGCCAAACUCUCCAUCUCCGACUUUGUGGGAAUGCCAAAGGACAAGGCGCAUUCGCUCAACAUCGGCGUCGUGGAAAUCAUGAUCCUCAAUCUAUGCGACAAGUGUGCCGAAACAAAGCUCAAAUGGAUCCUCUCUGAAGCCAUGGCGGCCGGCAAGUGCUCGCGGACCGGCGAAGCUCCACAGCGCAUCGUCUUGGAGACCGAGUCGGGCACGGACUAUCAGUUGGUGUCGCCGGUGCACGACGGCGAAGACGGUGCUUCUCUCGACGAAAUCGAAAAACUCCUCAUAUGGCAAUCCACCCUCUUUGCAAGCACGCUGCGCCGAUACAACCUGCUGCAGGCGCUCCUCGAUCGCGAUGCUCUGGUUGAGCCGCUGGACUGGAGGGCGUGCUCGUUUACAUUCAUCCGCAAGGUGCUCGUCGGCGUCUUCUGGAAAUCGCCGGGCACACUCAAGCUCGAGCCGCCCGCUCCGCCGUCCUCCAACUCUGUCCUGACGCCCAUUGCGGGCGUUUCUCGCGCUGCCCUGCCGCUCUCGGCCCGGAUCAUCAACUCCAAACCCCAGCCGCCGCAUCUCUCCAUUGACUUGGCCGAGGCUACCGACAGAGCGUCGUCAGUCCUACGAGGCGGGCUGAGCCCGCUCUCGCCCUUCAGCCCACUCUGCCACCAGUACUACUACACCCUGGCCUCCGUGGCGCUUUCGCCCUCCAAGACUGCCUUUGGGCAUGCCGAGGACUGGACGGCGUCGCGCAAGGAGAGCUUUGCAGUAACUCCGGGCGCAGGACCUGACCGGGAGCGGCUGCACCCGCACGGCGCAUCCAAGUCGCUUGAGAAGGAGCACAUCAGCGUCCCCCAGGUACAGCACAACGCUAUCCAGCGAUACUGAAGCAUUCGCAAAUCGAGACAUCAGAGAUUUUGUUGAGACCAACGGCCAUCGUCUGGAUCCUCAACAUUCGCGCCCUUCUCCACUCGGACAGCUCAAAGUACCGAGCCAGCCGCUGUGACCUCGGGCAGGAUUGCAGCCCAUUCGAAACCGGACAGUGGCGCACCUGAAUGCUCUCCACAUCAACCACUGCUUGUGGGUUCUGGAAGCACAGAGUUGAAUACAUCUGGUCAAUCCCCUGUGGCGACGAUCGACUGAUAUUGAUGUGUCGAUGUGGGAGUGUGGUGCAUCCCCUCGAUGUGAAUGUGGUGCAUCCGCUCAACUCUCUGGACAGCUCCAUGGUGUAUCGAUAUCAAGAUACACGACCUUCUCGAGUCGCUUGACUCGCCGUUGCCGAGUCAGGCUGAAG